UCUAAUCUAAUAAUUUAUAUAUAUUCCAAGGAGGCGUAGAGUUGCAUAUUCAUUCAGCACUAUAGAUUUUCAAUUGACUUUUAGAAGGAAAGAAAAAAGAAGAGAAUGGCAGAUUUGAUAGACAAAGCGAAGAACUUCGUGUCGGAGAAGGUGAUGAACGUGGAGAAACCAGAGGCUAGCAUCACAGACGUUGAUCUGAAGAAAGUGAGUAUGGACAGUAUUUCGUAUCAUGCUAACGUGUCAGUGAAGAACCCUUACUCUGUUCCAGUACCAAUAAUGCAGAUUUCUUACACCCUCAAAUGUGCCAACAGGGAAAUAGUUUCGGGAACAAUUCCAGACCCAGGGAAUAUAAAGGCAAAUGACACAACCAUGUUAGAUGUGCCAGUGAAGGUUCCUCACAGUGUGCUAUUGAGCUUGGCUAAAGAUAUUGGUGCAGAUUGGGACAUUGACUAUACACUCGAAUUGGGUCUCACCAUUGACCUUCCAGUCAUUGGAAACUUCACCAUUCCACUCUCUCAUAAUGGCGUGAUCAAGCUUCCAUCAAUCUCCGACUUAUGGAAGGGUGGCAAAGAAGAAGAGAAAGAAGAGAGAAAAGAGAUUUAAAUAGAUGUGAAAAAGCAUAACUAUCUAUAAUAAUACUGUAGUUUCAUGUGUCCUUUUCACUUCAAAUGUUCUACAUAAAGUUUGUACGUAUUUUUUUCAUAAUCCAAAGCAUUGGAUCUUUUUAAAUUGCAAAACUAUUUUUCUUUUU